AGCGCAAAGGGGCAGGACUCUCUCUCUUUCUCUCUCUCUCUCUUUCUCUCUCUGGUGCUUUUAAGAGGAAACUUUGUGUUUUGUUCUCCAAGUUCACUUUAGUUCUCGCUCCUCUCUCAUCCUGCCUUCAUGCGUUUAUUUCCGUGACGCGUGAGAUGCGCACCGGGACUCAUGGAUCAGUCCAGCUCCAAUUCGUUUUAAAGCUGCGUUUCGGAUCGUAAUGUUUCCAAAAGUUUUCUGCACCGGACUGAACUACAUGGAAUAAUGUGGCGGAUCAUUUUGCUGUGUUGCGCUCUGGAGGGUUCCGUUGCGUUCCGUCCACCUGCGAACGCGUCUCUUCUCGCACCUGUCCGCGGCGUCGUGCGCACUGUGGACCGGAUUUAUCACGGAGGAGGAAAAGCCGGUUAUCUUCUCUACAUAGACGAGCAGCGCUUUCAGCUGGAUAUGGAGCGGGAUGAGUCUAUACUGUCUCAUCACUUCGGUUUGAACGCAGACGCGCCGCCGCGUCGGGAAUGCGUUUACCGCGGCACCGUCAACUCAAACGCGGAGUCGCUUGCGCUCUUCAAUCUGUGCGGCGGCGGACUCGACGGGUUUUUCGCAGUGGAUGACGCGCGGUACACUGUCACGCCGCUCACCCGAGCCGACGCGACGCGCGCUCUCCACUAUUACACGCGCGAGAGCUUCGGUUUCGAAGCGAUGCCCGCGCGGCACAGCUGCGGCACGCGCGACCGCAAAGCGCGGAACGCGCGUAGGCAGUUCGCGAAGCGCGACGCGCUGACGCGACGCAAGCGCUCUGUGUCCCGCGCGCGGCACGUGGAGCUGCUGCUGGUCGCGGACGCAUCCAUGACGAAGAAGUACGGGAAGGACCUGCACCAUUACCUGUUGACGCUCGCGUCCAUCGCGUCCAAACUCUACGGCCACGCCAGCAUCGAGAACCCCAUCCGCCUGUCGGUGGUUAAAGUCGCGAUCCUGUCCGAGAACGAGAAGGGCAUCGAGGUGUCCAAGAACGCCGCCGCGACGCUCAAGAGCUUCUGUAAAUGGCAGAAUCAGCAGAACCCUCUGGAUGACGAUCAUCAGCAUCACCACGACGCGGCGAUCCUCUUCACCAGGCAGGAUCUGUGCGGUCAUCACUCGUGUGAUACUCUCGGUAUGGCUGAUGUGGGAACUGUGUGUUCACCGGAGCGGAGCUGUGCAAUCAUCGAGGACGACGGGCUUCACGCCGCCUUCACCGUGGCACAUGAGAUCGGGCACCUGCUGGGUCUGUCCCAUGACGACUCUAAGUUCUGUGAGGAGCGUUUUGGCUCCAGUGAAGACAAGCGGCUGAUGUCGUCCAUCCUGACCUCCAUCGACGCGUCCAAACCCUGGAGCCGCUGCACCUCUGCCACCAUCACUGACUUCUUCGAUGACGGAAAUGCGGAGUGUCUGCUGGACGCUCCUCGUCUGCCUCUCUUGGGUCCAGAGGAGCUGCCGGGUCAGAGAUACGAUGCGGUCCAGCAGUGCCGCCUGGCCUUCGGACCGGAGUACACCGUGUGUCCCGGGAUGGACGUGUGCGCGCGUCUGUGGUGCGCCGUCAUCAGGAAGGGACAGAUGGUGUGUCUGACCAAGAAGCUUCCGGCCGUGGAGGGAACGCCGUGUGGGAAGGGCCGGAUCUGUCUUCAGGGGAAAUGUGUGGACAAAACCCGAAAGAGACACUACUCGACGUCGAAUCACGGCAGCUGGAGCUCCUGGGGUCCGUGGGGUUCGUGUUCUCGAACGUGUGGCGGCGGAGUCCAGUUUGCACAUCGUCUCUGUAACAACCCUCCUCCCCGAAACAACGGCCGCUACUGCACCGGGAAGAGAGCCAUCUACCGCUCCUGCAGCGUCACGCCGUGCCCUUCAUCCAGGAAGAGUUUCCGUCAGGAGCAGUGUGAGCUGCGUAACGGCCCUCAGACGGACCCUAAAGGAGUGAAGACCUUCGUGGAAUGGGUGCCGAAGUUUGCCGGCGUGCUUCCCAAAGACAUGUGCAAACUCACCUGUAGGGCCAAAGGGACGGGAUACUACGUGGUGUUCUCACAGCGGGUGGUUGAUGGGACGGAGUGCCGGCCGUUCAGCAGUUCGGUGUGUGUGAAGGGGAAGUGCGUUCGCACCGGCUGCGACGGGAUCAUCGGCUCUAAACUUCAAUAUGACAAGUGCGGCAUCUGCGGCGGCGACGGAGACAGCUGCAUCAGAGUGGCUGGAAACUUCACCAAGAAGAGUAAGGGCUACACAGAUGUGGUGAAGGUUCCCGAGGGUUCGACGCACCUGAAGGUCAGACAGUACAAAGCCAAAGGCCAGUCGCGCUACACAGCGUAUCUGGCGCUGCGUCGGCCCGGAGGAGAAUACCUGCUCAACGGCAAGUUCAUGAUCUCCACGUCUGAGACCAUCAUCCCCCUCAACGGCUCCGUUCUCAACUACACCGGCUGGAGUCAGCGGGACGAGGCCCUUCACAGCAUGGGCCCCGGGGCCCUUCAGGAAAGCGUGGUGGUGCAGAUUCUGGCCACGGAUGCUAAGAAACCACUAGACAUCCGCUACAGCUUCUACAUGCCUCGCAAAAUGCCGCUUCCGCCGCGAACGGUCGCUGCGGCUUCGGGAACCGCCGCGGCAAUGUCCUCGGCGGAGAUUAUGACGUUUACUACCGAGGUUCCUUCGACGACGACGAUGCCCACAGGGCCACGCUGGGUGACGGGAUCGUGGAUGACGUGCUCCAGAACUUGCGAUAUGGGUUGGCAGAGUCGCACGGUGCAAUGCAAGGACCCACAAGGGAAGCUGUCCAAGAGCUGCCUGCUCAGUGCCCGGCCGUCGGCCUUCAAAAACUGCCUGAUUAAAAAAUGUUGAGGACCCCUCAAUCAGACGAACUUCCUGACUGAGCUUCGUGAAGCACGUAGACUGAACCGUUGCAGUUGCGUUCCGAUCACUGUGGGAUUCUGCUAGCGUUCACAAUCGUGUUGCGUUGUGACUCUGGAGCUUUGGCUCUAGCCUCGAAUGUGGCGAUGUUUAGCCACACCCUUUUGAUAAAGCCACGCCCCUUUGUUCGAAUGACACGCCCCUUGAGUUCACACUGGCAGUGAUUUAAACCAUUUCUGUAGUGUUUGAGGCUCUGGCUUCGAAUGAGUCAAUGUUCAGCCACGCCCCUUUUAACAAAGCCACGCCCUCAAUCCAAACAACAUGCCCCUUGAGUUUUAAAAGUUUUGAAAACAUUUAGAAAACUGGACAUUUAAAAACAUUCAGAAAUAAUGUUUUCAUAACUUAUUGGGAACAUUAGCAUAAAGUUCUAUAUCAUUUACCAUGUCCAAAAAAACUAAAAAUGUUGAGGACCCCUCAAUCAGACGAACUUUGUGAAGCAUGUCGACUGAACAAUCCUGUUGCAUUGUGACUCGGACAAGGAGCUUUGGCUCUAGCCUUGAAUGUGGUCAUGUUCAGCCACGCCCUUUUGAUUAAGCCACGCCCCUGUGUUCGAAUGACACGCCCCUUGAGUUCACACUGGCAGUGAUUUAAAGCAUUUCUGUAGUGUUUGAUUUUAAGAUGCGUUCACAUUAACCAUUGAUAAAAUGUUAUGUUCUGUUAACGUUCACAUAACCAAGACAAAAAAAAAAAAACAUUCAGAAACAGUGUUUUCGUAACUUAAUGGGAACAUUGGCAUAACGUUCUGUAUCAAUAUCAUGUCCAAAAACCAAAACCCUCAAUCAGAUGAACUUCCUAGUUCAGCUUUGUAGAGCACAUAGACUGAACCAUUGCAGUUGCAUUUGUUUAAAUGCGAUUCCGAUGAAUGUGGAAUGCUGCUAGAGUUCAGCCACGCCCCUUUGACAAAGUCACACCCCUUCAUUCAAAUGACACGCCCCUUGAGUUCACACUGGCAGUGAUUUAAAACAUUACUGUAGUGUUUGAUGUUAAGAUGCGUUUAUAUUUACCAUUGAUAAAAUGGAAUGUAAAUGUAAAUGGAAUUCUGCUAGCGUUUGCAAUCGUGUUGCAUUGUGACUCAGACAAGGAGCUUUGGCUCUAGCCUUAAAUGUGGCAACUUUCAGCCACAUCCCUUUAACAAAGCCACACCCACUUAUCCAAAAGCCAUGCCCCUUAAGCUCACACUGGCAGUGAUUUAAACCACUGCCAUAGAGUUUAACGUUAAGUUCCAAUUUGCAGUUGCUCUGUGUAAUCAAGUCAUUCCAAUUGGAUUCCAGCGACUGCGUGAAAAAAUGUAGUGUAACCCACGUAGGUUACACCUUUUUUCCAUUGACCGACAGAAAACUGCUUGGUUUCAAAGUGACUUCUGUGUGAGCGGCACUUCAUACAUCUCUAUUUUAUAGACAGCAGACAUUGGACCGUUUUGGUUCACGAAAUUUCACUGCAAUUUUGCUAAUGUGACCGCAACUUCAGUAGCUGUUCUAACUUGACUGUAGGGCUGCACGAAAUAUAUCGCAUCAUUUAAUUUCCUUUUGAUUUGUGCUUGCGUAAAAGUGCAAUAAUUCUGAAAUCUAAAAAGGAAUUUCUCAAGCGAGAACCUUUGUGGUUUUGGAGUAAAAUAAUCAGGAAUAUCAGAUUACCGUGCCACCCUACUUGAUUGCAUUACUCAACUAUAUCAGUCUGCGCUCCCAUUGGUCAUCAUCACAUUAUGUCACAGCUUAUUUGUAUAAAGCUGGACCAAGUUUACUAAUCGCUGUUAGUGUGAACGUCCUGUUUAGGGUCCGAUAUAUUUACAAUUUCACCCAUAAGAAAUAAGCCUUGACUGCAGGAACGGAAAGGUCCAUACAGAACGCUGAUUUUCCAGAGUGAAUCUAAUAAGACUAAGACAAACGGGGAAUAUGACUGUUCCUGAUCUCGUUUUCAGGGUUUGAGCUGAUGUAGAUGUGUUCGUUCCGUUCCUCUGUGCUCCCUGUUUUUUUUUUAUCCGUUUGAGUCUGAAACUCCCACAACGAACUCAUCUUCAUUUCUUUGUUACAGAAAAACUAAACAGGGCUCUGAUUUGUAAAUGUGUGUAUGUCAGUUUCUGUGUUCAGGGCUCAAACGAUACUGUGUGCCCUUGAUACUCGCAAUAACGCCAGCCGAUCGCUCACUCGCUCGCAGUCGCGCCGUUUACAUGUUCAUGGGAAUGUUUCAGGUUUAAAACAAACUAAAACCUUUUUUAGAGUGAAACACUUACAGUGGACGUCUAUGAGGUCAGAAUUACACAGGGUUAAACAGAAAUGUGAAACAUGUAUGUUUAUUAAAGCCUGUAUACUUAUUGCUAUGUACAGAAAUGUGUGUUAUUUGAACUGUAAGCCCAGCUAACAAGAAACGUUUUUAGAAUGUUCUGGCGGGGUUCUUUUAAAGUUUUAAACAAUUCAAAACAAUUAAAGUAUCUGGUCUUUAAUAAUGUUCUCAAAAUGUAAGCACAAGAACAUUUAUACAUCAUUCAUGGAAUUAAAAAAAAAAAAAAAAUGUUUCAGUUGGACGUUCAUCUGACAUUUUUUAAAUGUAUCUACUUGUUUCAGAACGUUCAGAGAACAUUCAAAAGUAACAUUCCCAUAAUGUUUCCAAAAUUCUAAAAUAGAACGUUCCCUUAACAUACACAUAACAAUGAAAAAAAAAACAUUUGAAAAACUGGACAUUUUUUUAAUAACACCUUAUGGUAAAAUUAGCACAAGGUUCUUAGAAUAUAUUUCUGUUAGCUGGGAGACUUCUGUUCUUUGCAGAUGAACUUCUGGUCAUGUGUUACUGAUGUAAGUGACUUUGACAUGUUCUUAUAAUGUUGCACAGACAAGGUGACACAUUUAAUGUUUUUUUUUGUUGUUGUCUAGUUCAAAACAAAUGUGUUUUCUAACAUUCUGAUACAAUGUCUGGCCCCAUAGACUUCCACUGUAAGUGACUGUAAACACAAUCUUUAAAACUGAGGGAGGAGUUGAAUGAACAGCUUGACUUGUAUCGAGACCGGAACAUUCCUUUGAAUCAUUUUUCACCUCAGUUCAACCUCACAACUUCAUUUCUCAGACAGUGAAACACUUGAAGCUGAAGGAAAUAAUGACACGGAGUGUGUUUUCAUGCUUCAUCGUUGACAUAUGCAAACGCUCCAUAUGCAAAAUUAGCACCACUUCGCAGAUGUGUGAUGUGUGUUCAGAUCAUUGAUUCAUAAGUGUGUUUUUAUGAGCAGCAGAAAUCAGUUUAAAGUCAACAUGAUUCAGCUCUAUUUACUUUCGUUCAUGUUCUUGCUCUUAUUAUAUAUAAUAUAAUCUUUCAUAGUAAUUUGAUAUCAUUUGACUUGAUCUCAUCAAUUUCUAAAUAAAAUUAAUUUACAAGUUAAUGAAAUGAAAUGCAAAAGUCUUGCACUAUUUUUUUUCUCAUCGUAUAUCCAGUUUCAAUUAGAAGUGCAUCACACUACAGAGGUGCAAUGCGAAUGCGUUUCAUGUUGACUUUAAACCUGCUGCAGUUGUUUCAUUUGUGAAGUUGUUUGAUUCACUUCACACAGAUGCAGUAACUGAAUGAACUCAUGUGAUUCAGGGUUUGGUACCUGAACCUUUUCCAAGAUUUCAUCUGUUUACUCCAUGUAUGCAGUACUGUUUUACCGUCUCAAUGGGAAAUGGCCGUUUCACUGAAAAUACACAGCACUGAUUUUAUAAUUUAUUGUUUGUACAACUGGUAUGUGAAAAACACAAGAAAACAGGAUGAAUUUAUUUAUUGUUACGCUCAUUUUGUCUCAUAAAUACUAUUUAACUAAGAAUAUGAGUGAGCAGGAUAGUUCCUUUUGAAGAAAAUUGUGUUUUUUUGCCAUCUCCAUGAAUAUAUGUGUAUAUAAAACAAAGUGCUAUAUUUAAAAGUUUA